UCUACUCAAUCCAUCCAGCUGACUGUCACGAUCAGACUUUAUAAGUUCUGCAGCCAGUAGCACUUGGUCAUAAAACUUCGAUACGAGUGGAGCCGGGGUGGCGGGGUCCGGAUGUAUUCAUAUAUACAUGUACUUGUAGAAAUUUUAUGAUCGGGAGGGUUGAUCGAAAGAAGCCCCCAGUUUAGGAGCUGAUCCAUUUUGGAGCGAGGUGCACCGUCCGAUGCUAGGCUCCAGCAAUAAAUGCGCUUAAGGUGCACAGUAAACAAGUCGCUUUAUUAACUUGGUAUUGUGCUGGUAUUGAGACUCGCACCGGCUGAAUGAAAGGAUCUGCCCUGUGUGACUAGAAGCUCAGCUGGGGUCCAAGCAAGCCUUGUCAACUUGGCUGUGCGUUCAUCAGGAGUCGUACGUUUCCGGCGUGUUGGGUGCCAAGAUCGGGUUGCCUGGGUCGCCUUUGUACGGCGCGCUGUCUCGCCAAAUGGUCUGAAAACUGGGACAUUGGAGCCAACUGUCAGACGAACCUCAUCACAUCUCAUCUCAAUCUUAUUAACCUUAAUGCUGCCUGCAAAAGUUGCUGGCCGCUCUUUAUGAUGAAGAGCUAGCGGUGACUCUUCUUUAGUCAAGAUUAAAUGCCCCAGAUGCGGCUGCGACUCGAUGCUAGGAGAAACAAUGGUCAAAACCCCUCUCCGAUACACGGGUGGAAUUCCUCUUGCAUCGUCUCGUCCAUGGAGGACCAGGAGAACUAAAAGUGAAUCCAGAAUGGAGUUCAAGUACAUCGUCUUCAGCAUUUAUUUCUUACUAUACUUCGCUGAUUCAUUGUGUUCAGAACAGAAUCACAUCCAGGAAAAUGCCUCGAAAUUAUCAAGCCAUCCGCUCAGCACUCUGCAACAGUUGGAAGAGCACAAGACAUACAAAGGUUAUGAGAUAGUACUUCCCUACCAGGCGGACUCCAAUGGACUAUUUGUGUCUCACAUUCUGCAUCCCGCUAGAAGACGGCGUGGUGCCGAUAUUCCAUCCCUUCCAGCCACUGUCCAUUACAAGUUCAGUGGGUAUGGCCAAGAUUUUCACCUGGAACUGUCCGCUAACCAGGCUCUGUUAGCCCCUGGAUUCUCUGUUCAGUGGCUCGCCAAGGGCAAAGUGAAGCAAAAGGACUACAUCCCAGAAGUGGAUAACUGCCACUACGAGGGAACACUCAGGUCUCAAGCCAGCUCAACAAUAGCCGUCAGUUUGUGUGAUGGUUUGACUGGCCUUAUCAGAACGGCCACUGAAGACUUUCUGAUUGAACCACUCUCGGAACAACUUGCCACCCAACACAACCUGUCAUUGGAGGCGGGUCCGAAACCACACAGGCUGUACAGGAGAUCAGUUGAUGAGAAUCCCUCAGCAAGACACCAUCGAAGGAAUCACACUAAACAACACUUUUGUGGAUCCAGGAAGAAAUUUCAGCCACAUGUUCCUGAGGAACCAGUCUUUUUUGUCGACGAGUUCCAUACCCCCUUACAUUCAGUGGAGCACAGAUCCAAACGUGCCAUCGAAGGUAAUAUCCACAGAAAUCGCUAUGUUGAAACGUUGGUGGUGGUAGACAAGAAGAUGAUCCGUAACCAUGGAGAUGAGAAGAUUACAUCCUAUGUACUGACAAUAUUGAAUAUGGUGACUAGUUUGUAUAAGGAUGCCACAUUGGGCAACACUAUCAACAUAGUUCUUGUUAGUUUGCUGCUGUUGCAAGAUGACCAGCCUGGGUUAAACAUUGACCAUCACGCAGACCACUCCUUGAAUAGCUUUUGCCAGUGGCAGUCAACGCUAACCACGCCAAAUGGCAGCCAACAUGACCAUGCGAUCCUGCUGACUGGCAUGGAUAUCUGCUCCUGGAAAAAUGAGCCCUGUGACACACUAGGUUUUGCUCCAAUCGGUGGAAUGUGCAGCAAAUAUCGGAGUUGCACGAUAAAUGAAGACACAGGCUUGGGACUGGCAUUCACUGUGGCUCAUGAAUCUGGUCAUAGUUUUGGAAUGGUCCAUGAUGGAGACGGGAAUGACUGUAAGAAGUCCAGCGGCUACAUCAUGUCGCCGACGUUGUCGGGCAACAACGGCCGGUUCCACUGGUCCCCAUGCAGUCAAGACUACAUUACCACUUUCCUUGGGUCCAAUCGAGCCAGGUGCACAGAGGAUGAACCUGUGGGGAUCACCAAGUACCAGUUUCCCAGCAAGCUCCCAGGAGAGCUGUAUGAUGCUGAUAAGCAGUGUCAGUGGCAGUUUGGGCCCAGGGCACGGCUCUGUUCGUUCAACUUUGGGAAGUCCCUUUGCCAGUCCAUUUGGUGCCACCGCGACGAGAGAAGGUGUGAAACCAAGUUCCUACCCGCCGCAGAUGGCACUUCCUGCGGCUUCCAGCAUUGGUGCAUACAAGGGGACUGUGUCAGUCGCGACAAGCGCGGGCCACAGCCUGUCCACGGCAACUGGUCAGAGUAUGGUGAGUACUCGCCCUGCUCCAGGACGUGCGGCGGAGGGAUACAGCACAAGGAGAGGCUGUGCAACAACCCCGAGCCACAGAAUGGCGGCCGGUACUGUGAGGGCUCGAGCCACAUCUACAGAAUGUGCAACAUACAGGAAUGUGAGCCAGAUGCCAUUGACUUUCGAGCUAAGCAGUGCGCGGCCUACAAUGGCCGACCUUUUAGAGGGUCUUAUUACCAAUGGCAGCCCUAUGUUCAUACUGAGAGGAAAGAGGCUUGCAAGUUAUACUGCAUAGCCGAGGGAUAUGACUUCUAUUUCCCGCUAAACUCCAAGGUGCAUGAUGGGACACGAUGUAGUCAUGACAGCCUAGACACAUGUGUGAAUGGGGUGUGUGAGAAAGUCGGAUGUGAUCAUGUGUUGGGGUCGGAUGCUCAACCCGAUGCUUGUGGUGUGUGCCAAGGAAACAAUGCCACCUGCGAAUUUGUGUCAGGGGUGUACUCCGAACAGCACACUGAGAACGAUUACUACCUGGUGGUGAAGAUACCGGCUGGUGCUCGGCACAUCAGGGUUACUGAGCUGUCAAUGUCUACCAGCUAUCUGGCUUUACGCAACGACAGAUUCAAGUACUACCUUACGGGAGCCUGGACUGUGGACUGGCCUGGAAACUUUGACAUCGCCGGCACGGUGUUCGAGUACAGAAGGCCGUACAACAUGCCGGAAUACUUACAAGCAGUGGGCCCAACUUCUGAAGAUCUGGUGAUCGAGAUACUACUGCAGGGCAUAAACCCAGGAAUCGACUACCAGUACACAAUACAGAGACAGGACACCAAGACCGUAGCUCCCUUGCACAACUACACCUGGCAUCUGGUGGAAUCAGAAUGCUCAGCGUCUUGUGCCGGAGGUGUGAUGACAUCGGAAGUGUCCUGCUUGAGGAAUAACGCGACAGAGGUGGAUUCUUCCUUCUGUGAUAGCGACGCCAAGCCAAACACCGGCAUUUUCACGUGCAACCUCUGGCCUUGCCCUGCUAGGUGGGAGGUGUGGGAAUGGGGGGAGUGCAGCCGUUCCUGUGGCACUGGCCGGCAGAAGCGCCGUGUCAAGUGCAUGAGGCGGAUGAGGGAGGAGGUAGACAAGAGCGUCAAGGAGACCUACUGCACCGGCCCCAAACCCCGCAAGCGACGGAACUGCAACAUGCAGGACUGCCCGGCCCGCUGGAUUCCUGGCACCUGGUCUGACUGCUCGGUGUCGUGCGACACCGGUUUCAUGACUCGCACGGUGGUGUGUCAGAGCGUCGACAGUAGUGGGAGUCCCAAAGUGAAGCCAGUGGCCAUGUGCGGUGGGGAGCAGCCCCCGCUGCGAAAAACUUGCAACCUUAAAGCUUGCCCCCGGAAAGUGCAGUGGUACAUAUCUGCUUGGAGCGAGUGUUCGGUGACCUGUGGCAUGGGACGGCGCUCCCGCCUGAUUCGCUGCAGCUACCUAGACAGACAGGGUCAGUACCGGGAGCUAGAGGACAGCGAGUGUGCCAGCCUGGAGCGGCCCAACCUGGCCACGACCAAGCCUUGCCACAGGGGGGUGUGCCAGUCCCAGGGCGCGCAGAGGUCAGCUGAGUGGCGGGCUAUGGCCUGGUCGGAGUGCACCAAGACAUGUGGAGGAGGUACGAGGACCCGCAGGGUACACUGCUAUACCACAAGGCGACGUACUGCGGCAUCAAACUGCAACGGCAGGAACAAACCAAGCGAGACUGAGACGUGUAACCCAGAGCCGUGUGCCCAAGCUGCCUGCGUGGACAAUUACAACUGGUGCUACCUCGUACCCCAACACGGCAUGUGCGAACACAACUUCUACGGGCCCAAAUGCUGUUAUUCCUGUAAGCACAGUGCCUGAUGACUGGACGACAGUCUCAGUUAUUGACAGUGCCAGGAGGCCUCCUCUUUGGACCAGUACCGACAGAAAAAAAAUAUGCAGUUGACUGUGACAGGAAGGUGGUGAUUAUCAAUAUGCUGCAAGUGUUUGUCAACAAGUCACGAAAUCCUCCAGUCCAUAUUCACUGCGACCCCCCCCACCUCUUCCCUGAGAUGUUUGCGGCAAAUUCCUUCUGCUCAACAGAAGCGUAGUCAGCCAGCAUGAUUCUGACGCGUUACCACGCAGGAGCAUUUGUCACACAAUCUCUGAAGAAUAAAAAAUUGACAUUUUGAUGUCAGAACUGUCAUUGAACUACACAAAAUGGCAGUUGAUGAUAUCCCGGAAUGAUUGGCAUUGCCCAGUUCUGUUUGGCUUGAAGGGUUGCUGAGUCUUGAAUUCCGAACGAUUAUGCAACCAGUGAAAACUUUCAUGCAUGUGAAUAAUUGUUUUUCACCAGCUGAUGUGAUUCAAGACGUGCAUUCAAAAGAUGCGUUGAUUGGCAACCAGUUUAGCGCCCUCUCCAGGAUACAAACUUCAAAUGUUGGAAAGUACCUUGAGGCACCAUUGUCAUGUGAAUUUCUUGAGAAUAUGUUCUAGUACAGAAAAUUGUACUUACGUAUAACAUUAGUGAGCAGUGUAUGCACAAUACUUCAUAAACAAUACUUGUGUUAUGUUUGAAUUUAUCUUGCUUGUGAAGGAUCAAUGACUGUUUUUUUCCAUUUCAUUUGGAAACAGAGCAGAACUUACAAGAGUUCCCCUUUUGAAAUGAAAUUUUUUUUUGUUCGCUUUGGAGGAAACCUUGUGUGGUGUGUGUAAAAAAGAUAAAACAUGGUCUAUCGAACAAAUUCUUAGGGCAUAUCCUAUUAUAAAAUUGACAUCCCCAGUGCAAAGACAAAUCAAUAUCAUUGAACAGAUUCCCCAUACAGCUUGUCAUUUGCUAGUAUUCAGCACGAGUAUGAGGUUUUUUGUGAGUUGAAUUUGUCCAGGAAAUUGUUUUGCAGAAAACCCUGUUUUACCGUUUCUCAAUGUACAUCCACUUUGUGAAAUACAAGAUGAAGUAGGAAGUAGACUGUUUACACAAAUGUUUUUAUUUUUUUUAAGUGGACUUCCACCUGUUUUUUCUGAAAGGGAAAAAAGACACGAUAGAAAUGAAAAUCAUUGGUUCCAUUUGACGGAUACAAAAACAAGAACGUAAAGGAAUGAGUCAGAUUAUUAAAGCUGAGGUCUACAGCACUGUCUCAUUACCCAUUUGCUAAGAUCUGUCAUCAGCAAAACCAACAUCGACAUGGAUUGUGGUGGAACACUUGCAAGACUUUGUAAGAAGUGAUUAAUUGUAUAGGCCUACUUAGGGAUUGAUUUUUUUGAUGGCUCAUAGGCCAGCUGCUGAAGUCGGAAAUACAUUACCGUCAAUACUUGUGACUUAUAACAUGCGAUUGGUUAUGGUUAGGUUGGUGAUGCCUAUUUGCAGGUCUUAUGUUUUUCUUCUGUGAAAUAUGCGGGGUUGUGAAGAGUCAUUGCUAGAGGGCUAACAUAUCUUCGUGCAGAGAUUUUAUGCAAUUUUUUUUUUCAGAAAAUGCUUGACACAGUAUUCUGCAUUAUUGAGCAGUCUGCUUGCAUUGGUAAUGGCCAAGCAUUUGCCAUCUGGUGACCGAACUGCAAUUUGUGCUGUGGUAACAGAACGGUGUUCAUUACGACGCGGACCGCAAAUUUUAGAAUGUUUGUCAGUAAAUAGUGAACAGGAGGGAGAAAUCUGUUUGAUCUCAGCAGCACCGCACAAAUUGGUGGUAUCUAAUUAAGAAGUUCCUUGGUAACGCCAAAACUAAGCAACACAAACCUGGAUCUGUUUUUCUGCACCCUACAAGUGUUUGGGCUUUAGCAGUGCAACUCUGUGUUACCAUGGCAACAAAAUCGUGCCUUCCUUUUUUGGGGGGCACACUCAAGGUGUCUGUACAGGUAUUCGUGUAAAGCAGGGUCUCCUUAUUUAUUGGUGUUUGCCGAUGUACAUUAGGUGCUAUUACUGUUGUUAUUUUUUAAAAAUUAUGAUUAUGGUUUAUUUAAAUUGUGUGUGAAAUGAUGAAGUGAUUAGUACAUUAUGUAUGAAAGAGCUUUCAAAUAAUGAUAAAGCCGCCUGAAAAUUAUUGCACUUGUAUCUAGAUAUUCCUUCACGGUAUUUGUCAGGUUUUUUGAGAUGAAAUCUAGUUCCAGCUUUUUCAGUGGGAUAUUUUAUAGUCUUACAGCUGUUAAGUAUUUUUGCACCUUACACCUGACAGUAAGACAACUUAUUUUUCAAUUAUUUGUUUAAAUAGCUGUACAAAUGCAUCUAUAGUAUAAGUGAUUCUUUUUUUCUUCAUGGAAAAGGUUUGUAUCCAGUUCUAUAAAUAGUAUCACCCUGUUGUAAAACUUUAUUUUAGAUAUUGAAUUGCUAUUUUAGGUGAGAUGGUUGUGUAUUUUUGUAACAAACUGUAGUUGGAAGGUGGAAAAACUAUCACAAAAAACAACCCAAGCAGCCUUUGGGUUUUGGAGGAUUUUCCAUCAAAAUACAAAAUCUGAAAUGAUUCUAGAAAGAUUGUGAAUUGGCACACAGUGCCUCAUCGCUGGAGCCCUAAGUGCAUUUUGGAUUUUUAAUUUUAUCAGUUAAGUUCUCUAUAGUGAUUAAUAGGCCAACUUAGAAGCUUGGCUUUCUGUUAAAUUCAAUUUAAUAGUUGCCCUGCAAUGAGAUUCUUUAAUUUAAUAAGUUCCCUACUUUUAAUGUAAUAAUCCCAGCAAUAAUGUAGUCUUAUACUGCAUUUGAAAUAAACUAUACAUCAAUUUGCCUUGCUUUUGUUUAAAGCACAAAGAUGCGAAUCAGCCCUCCUGAAAUUAAAAAUCAAUGUGACCCAGUUACUUUGCAGGUGAGCUUUAUCACCAACCAUCAAUGAAUGUCUGAAUUGUUUUUCAAUAACAGUCUAUGUGGAUUCCUGACGGCAUUUUGCCAUGAGAGAGUUCAGUAUUAUUUGCUUCAGACAACAGUAUUAUUCGUUAAUUAUCCUACGUUUUGUAGAUCCUUCACCUCAAAUAUGGUUCACUUAGAGAGAGAAAAAAUUUGAGAUUAGAAUUAAUACCGCCAAUCUGUAGCAAGCUGCCAUUGCCAGUCCAACAUGUUUUAAGUAUCAGAUGCCGUAACUUGUGGUUACGUAAUGGAUUAUUUCAUUUUAAUUAUAUUUUCCAAUGUUCAGUGGUUUCCAUGUGCGUGUAUUUACCUUUCCAUGUUGGUGAUCAGGUUGAGCACAGUCAUCCAUUGUGUUUGUAUCGGCAUAUCCUUCCAUUUCUUCUCUUUUCUUUUGUUUCUUUGUACAAAAUUCUCUGCAAGUUUCCUCCAAGACGCUUGAACCUAUCUUAAAAUUCAUUCUCACCCUGUAAAUCUUGCAAUGACAUUGCUGAGGACAUCUUCAAUGCAAAGGAUGUCGACUGGUUUUAUUUGCAAAUUCCAACCCUUUGGUGAACAAGGGCACAGUGUAUUUGCCACUGGAGCUGUCACAUUAUUAAAAAGUCCCCAUGAACGUUCUACCUCGACCAGGUUUGCAUAGUUUUGUAUGCUCGUACCGUAGUAAAGACAAUCACAUGUAUGUAGGAUACACUGCUCUUAGUUCAAUGCACCUUAUUGGUUAAUUGUACUGUCGAGACUUAAAGAUGUUCCCAGCAUGUUUUUUUUUUUGGUGUUUUUGUUUCUUCUUGCAAACAACUGAAGAAAUUCAGCAGAUCAUAAUGUGGUUUGUGGGAAAAUACAGAGUGAGGUAGACAUAAAUCUAAUGCCAAUCACAGCCAAACUCCUUGUAGAUUUGCAUUUCGGCAAGAUUGAAGGAGGCUGAGCAAUAUUGCCUAGGUGGGCAAUGUUGCUCCCUUUAGAGUUGAUGUAUGAAAUAUGUGUCAUUGGUUUCCUGCAGUGGAGGAUUUAUGAGAAAUCAGUAAGGUUCCCAGCCCAGAAUGCCUUAGAGUUGUUGGUGGCCAAACAGCAUUCAAGCCUAUCCGGUUCGGAAGUGUGACGUCACUUCAGUCUCAACCACACCCUCUGCACUUUAAGUUGCAUUGGAGCCGGAAGUUAACACGCAACUUUAGUGUUCGUCCAAUGGGAGCCUGCAAAUCAGUGGUGCAUCCGCAUGUGUGACGAAGUCACUCACAAACCAGAUACAUGCUUCUUCAGUAACAACCAUAAUUGCAUUAAAGAGUUGACUCCACUAUUUGAGUGUAAUUAGACGCUAUUCAAGUAACUGUACUCCCAUUUUCUGUACGCCUUUACUGGUAAUUGUUGAAAUACAGCUCCUGUAAAUGUCACAGCUAUUUGACGCAAUGGAUAGUGAGUGAUGGUUAGCGUGUGGUCACAUGGUGACCAUCUUUCAAAUGUACACAUUUGGAUUAUUUUGUUUUUCACUUUUUAAUGUACUGUUUUGUCAGCUGUUGUUAUACAAAUGUGAUAUCUGAAUGACAAAAGUUAGCCUCACCACUCAGAAAGGCCAUGAAAUCUACAUGAAAAAAUUUUCAAAGUUUUUGGACCCCCAAAUGUUUGCCCCCCCCCAAAAUAGGUUCUGGAUCUGCCUUUGUAAAUAGAUGGUUGUGAAUCAGAUCACUGAUUCAGAAUUGCAGAACAUUUAUGGAAAAUAUUCCAACUUCUAGAGACUAAGUGCUGUUUAUCACUGCAAAAAGAGCUCUUAAAAUCUGGUAAACACCUUUCAAAAUUUGACGGUCAUAAAAUUGACUCUUCCUGAUGGUGAUGUUGAUUCGUGACUGUUUUCUUUAAAAGGGCUUAGACACGUGGAGGGGGCUAAUGGUGCAGGAGAAUGUGAUUUAAAAACACUACAGUAUCUGACAACAUCAAGAAAUAAGCACGAUUAGAACAUUCCAGAUUGUAUUGACCAUCCAGACUCUGGUCCUUGGGGUCAAGCACCGGAUGUCAUUUAGCUUUUUUAGCAGAAAAACAAAAUGGUUUGGCAAAUUUCUAUACCAGUCAGAAUGCUGGGAACCAGUGACUUUACUUGUGGCAGUUAGCCUGCCAUGCAAAGAGAGCAGUGGGCCCCAAAUAGGAUGAGCUGUCACGUGUUGAACAGUUACCGUGCAGAUUAUGUCUUCUGCUACCAACAGUCUACUAAAUGCAAUCAGACAGUCUACUAAAUGCAAUCAAACAGUCUACUAAAUGCAAUCAAACAGUCAAGUAUUUCUUGAAGACCAGGUCAUUCCUCUGUGAUUCUCUGUAAAACAGGUGAAAAUGUUUGGCAUUCGGCAUUGAACAGAUACUUGAUGUUAUUCCAGCUUCUCCAAAUAUUAUUAUUUGACCACUUGCUGAAAGACACAAAGAAAAUAGUCCCCCUGUUCAGAGGAUGAAAAUGGGAAACAAGCCACCGCAGUAAAUCAGGUUUGCCAGGUUGGGAACACAGGACAGAUUGUAAAAGAUGAAAUAGUGUUAAACAAUCAUGCUUUAAAAUAUAUUGAAAUUGACGUAUUAUCUUGAUAAACUAUUGUCUACUUACCAAUCACCAGAGGCCUUAAUUGGCUAUUUGGAUAUUCUUUCUGAUGUGAUUUGUAGCUGUCCAUUGGUGCUAAGUUUAUGAAGUAGCUCUUUAAUGGUGCUAAGCUCUCUGUUCAUGUAAUUCUAUGAUAUUGGUUAUACUUUUCAACACAAUUCAGAUAUUUACUAAAGUGUGAGUACUAUGAUUAAAAUGUGAUUAAUGUUAAUUGCAUGGAUGUUACUAGUCAGACAGUUCAAACUAGUUGGGUUUUUCUUCAAGAAGUCUGUUCAUUUAUGCAAAGUAAAAUCAACAGAUGGAGUUUACAGAUUUAUUACUGGCUUUUAUAUUCAUGAACUGAAGGCAUAGUUUAUGUUUUGGGUACAUGAGAGUUACUAAAAACAUUACUUACAAUCAGAUGUAUUGCAAGGUAUCUUGAAAGCAGGGUAAUUCUAUGCACAACAGCGUUUUUUUCAAACAUUAGGUAACAUUUACUGUCAUGUGUACAAUCUUUCCGAAGUAUUUGCCACAACUGUUUCCUUUCACGUUUUCAUUGUCAUGGACAUUUUGCGAGUCCUUUGAAAGGGACUCGGCUCAGAGUAUUUUAAGUUCCGUGAAAAUUACACUUUGUAAACAGUAAAUGGUGUGUUCUCUUCAGAUCCAUGUCUGUGGAUGAAUAAAUAUUCUUUGUGGACAUCA